AUGUUCCAUGCUUCUCUUACCACAGCGGACGAUCUUUCAAUUGCUACUAACAAUACAAUCACAAUCACCACCACCGAGAAUUCACACAAUCUUUUUUUUGAUACGGAAGAGCUGUUAGAUGCUCUGAGACAAUUUCCAAUUGCUCUUCUCAAAACAGUCACGGAAAUUGCAGAUGCCAGAAAAAAGGAACAACAGGCUCUCGAAGAAGAUCUUCUAUCCGAAGAACAUACCUCCAUCAUUUCAGAACAAGACAUUGAAACUGAUAGCGAUCAUGAUGAUGAUGAUGAUGAUCAUUCUCAACAACAACAAUCUGUAUCACUCUAUUCUUCUCUCACGAUACCUACGGGUGGUACUGGCUGCGGCAGUAAAUCUUCCUCCUCAUCCUCCGCACAUUCUUUCAAACUCAAUAUGGCUAGCCUUUCAAAGAGUGCUACUACUACCAGUAGCAGCAGCACUAGUCAUCACCACCAUUUAGAUCCCACAGGCAGCAGCAACCAUCUUGGUCAUCACCACUCGAGUGGUGUCGUAGUAUCGAGUGGAUCCUCCUAUGAGCCUAUGAGUGCUUUGAAAAAGUUACCGAGUGCUCUCCGAUUUGAAACUCCCAACAGCAGUAGUGGUGGUGGUGGUCCGAGAACACCUCGAGGAGGAGGAAGUGCUAGUAGCUCUCGAUCCACACCACCACCACACACCCACUCCAUCUCACCACCUCAUUCAGCAAGAACAACAACAACAACAUCACCCAACAACAAUAACAACAGUACGACAUCUACUAGCGUCAUCUCUAUUGCCGGUGCAGAGGAUUCUGUGGUUGAACAGACAACGACGACGACGACUGUUGUGGAAGGAGUAAUGGCCACCACACAAAAGGAUCAACAACAACAAGAUUCCACGACGAAUACAUCCAUGAUGUUCACAACCUCUUCAAAUAUCACCUGUAACAACAUUGUUGACUCAUUGAAUCAUGAAACAGAUAUUGCCAUGACAACAGAAAAGGAUCCAUCUACAACAACUAAUAGUGGUGAUUCCAAGUUGACACCUCCACCAUCAACAACAACACAAAAUACGGAUAUGAUUGUGGAAUCAUUACAAAAAGAUCAAUCAUCACCUCCUUCUCAACAACAACCUACACUGGUGAAAGCCAAACAAAGUGAUGAUUUUGUUCCUCAUUCACUUUUCACACCUUCCUCAGAUUUCAUUCAAAUGUCAACUUCCGACAUUCAACGAGAGUUUAGAGAUGUUUCAGUGGCAACUCUACCAGGAGGAAUCAUUUAUCAAAAAAACCUUCAAGACAAAUCAGUUCAAGAAUUUCAUGAACAAAUUCGAUCAACUUUAUGCAGUGCUAUUCAAGAUCCCGCACUCAAAUACAUUACUGCACCAUUUUUAGACACUAAACCCAUAUUAACCAUACAGAAACAACAACAGCAUGUGAAAAAUGAUUUAGAUUGGGAAUUGGAAAAUUCAUCCAAAGUGGGAUUAAGUAGUUCUGCAACCAAACAAAUGAUUUUGGAUUCUAUUGGAAGUUCUAGUUCCAUAUCCAAUUUCACAAGUGCUUUCAAUGGAUCCGAUCCAAAUAAUCAAGGUUCAUCAAACGUUGUGUCAACUCAAUCUCAACCUGUAUUAAGAAUUGAUGAGCUCACUAAUAAUGGAAAACAACAAUCAACGACCCCACAAUCUAAAAAGUUUAACAAACCAAGAAGUCAUACUUUGGGACCAAAUGCCAUGAUCGCUGGAAAUACUAACAACAAUGGAAGUAUGACUGCUAGGGCCACCAUUGAUAAUUCUUCCUCUGCUCCAACAAAUAUCAUGUCACCUCUAGUAGUAUUAGGAAGUAGUAGUAGUGUUGGUGGUGUUGGUGGUAGUUCACAAACAUCGCUCUCUGCGAUUGGUACUUUUAUCCAACAAGAUAUUAUUUACUCUUCGAGUAAAACAUCUGUUGGUGGGUUUCUUCUCUCCAAUGCUGCUGCUGAAGGAAUCAAUUCAGAUCGAAGAAGAAGUGAUGUUGAUUUGGAAACCACUGAAGUAGAUUUUGAAGAAGAUGAAGAAGAAGAAACCUUUUCAGAUACAGAUUUGAAUUUUAGAGAAAUUUCAGAAAAGAUAUAUGAAGAGACAACACAUCGAGUGGCCUCUGUCUACAAUCCAUUCUUUCGAAUUGGUUCCAUUGAAGAGGAAGUGUGUAAACGACCUCAGACACCGACGCAUCCUCAUCAACCUGAUCAAUCCUUUAAAGUUCUCAUUUCUGUGAAUGGACUUUAUCUUUCCACCAACACAGUGUUGGAACCACUCUAUGGUUCUUUGUAUCUCUAUGACAAGAAGAAGGAGAGUCGAGUCUCUGAAGAAUUUAAAUUUACUCUCAAUACGGAUCCAAACACUUUAAAACAAUUGGGAAUUGAAAAAACAUUCCCCAAAGAUCUCAUCAUGGUGAAUGAUCCUAAAAAACUUGAAGCAGUCUUUUCAUUGAAAGAGAAAAAUCCAAAUAUUUAUUUGGUGUUGUGGUUGAGAAGAAUUUUCAGUGGUGGUGAAAGUGGUUCGAUUCAUGAUUUCUACAACACCACCACAACGUCGUCGUCGUCUUCAAAGAAUGAAUCCAUUCUGAAAAAAUCAAUCACAGAGAAACUCAAGUCCAUGUAUGCCUUUCUCGAUCAUUUGAGAAGUCCAUUUCUUUGUUCUGCUGAGCCUCUCUUUGAAGAGAAGAGAGAAUCUGUCACUUCGAAUGAACUCAAAGUGAAUGAUACGAUUAAUGAAUCCAAUGUAGAACUAUCCAUAAGAAUUGGACGUUUAUUAUUUGAACGUUUAUAUAUAGUUCCUCAUAUGGAUGGUAAGAAAGGAAGAUUUAAUAUUUGUCGAUUCAUUGAGACUCAGAGGGAAUUGAAACAACAAAAAUCGAAUAUUCGAGUGGAUGCUCUCAGUUUGAAAUCAAUUCCAGGACAUUUCUCUGUUUUUAUGAAAAAUGUCACUCAUGAAAAUUAUGACCAUUAUCAUCACAUUCACUCACUGUUCAAUACGGGCGUACAUGAAAUUAGACCUUCCAUUAUUGUUACUACAAACAGUGUGGAUAAUUCCACCGAUGACAAUGAUAAUACUUUCACAUUCAGUGAUGAUGACACUUGUCUUUCUUAUAAUACUUUUUCUCAGAGUUCGAGAGGAGUUGCAUUGAAUUCACUAGUUCCAAGAAUUGAUUUCAAUUUUUCACAUGUCUUGUACAUUUUACCAGAUUGUUGUAAUUUAACAUCACUUCCAAGUUCCUUCAAAUCCGUUGCAGUGAAAAUCUUCUUGAGAGAUAACGAUGAAUUACACAAUGGUGGUAUUCUUGUAGGAACUAGUACUAUAUUUUCAGAUGCAAGUCGAAAUUAUCCAGGCGGAAUGAUCAUGGAUGAUGAAGCAGUGACAAGUGUCACGUAUCAUGAACGAUAUCCUCAAUUUUUGGAUCAAAUUAAGAUACAAUUACCUCUUCCAGUGAAUUCAAAUCAUCACUUGGUAUUUGAAUUUCGACACAUUUCAACAAAAAGAAGUUUAGAAAUGAAUGGUCCUUUAGGAAAGGCAGAAACGACUGUCAUUGGAUACUCUAUUUUAAAGUUAAUCGAUGAUGAUGGAUUUACCAAUGGUUUAAAGAAAUUACCCAUUUUCAAAUGUACAUCACUUCCAAAUUACUACAUGUCGAAAGGAAUGCAAACCUAUGCGAAUGGAAAAACUAUUUUCAGAUUUCAUCUUAUUAACAAAUCGAGUUUGUAUCCACCUGAUAAGAAUUCAGCCAUGCUCAUUGCUAAAUCAAACUUGCUGGUAGAUUCUCAAGUUCCAAAGGCAACCUUCUUGAAUGAGCUCAAUAAGGCAUUUGUUUCAUCCGAAUGUGAAGAUUUACUCAAAAUGUUCCAAAAGACAAGUUGGUCACUGGUUCUCCAUCACACUCCCAUCGUGUUAAAUUUAAUCUUUUACAUCUUGUCAAAUUUAAAGGCAAGUGCACUUUCACAAUCACCUUCUUCUGCAGAGACUAAUUCCGUGAAUCAAAAUUCGUUUGGAAUUACUGGAUUUUUCAGAAAGAGAACAGCCACGUUGACAUCCAAGAGCAAACCAAGUGAUAAUAAUGGAACUUUGAAACAAGGAACAACUACGAGUUCAUCAUUCACUUCAUCGCUCUCCAUUGUGGCAUUUGAAACUCUUUUAUUCAUUGUGAAGGGAAUUUGUUUGAAUUCAAAGGCUGAUUUUUAUGAGAGAGAUGCCUUUUUAAGUUCCUAUAUUUAUUACUUGUUCAAAAUACCUCCAACAUCGGCCUCAGCCAACUUUUGUUUAUUACUGUGUGAACGAUGGGAAGACUUUUUCAAAGCUUGCCAUUCGAGAGAGACUGAAAAAAGAGCCAAAGAGACGACCACACAAACAAUUACCACCACCUCCAUGAUGGAUGGUUCCAAUACAACAACAAGUGACAAUUCUAAAGAUUCAUCUUCCAAGAAAAGUUCUAAACGUUCCUCAAAGAGUCGAUCAACUUCCUCCAACAACAAUGAGAAUUCUGAAUCUACUGGUGAGGACGAACUCACUGCUUUAGACUCUUUAAAGCUCUCUUGGUUUUUAUUUGAUGUUCUAGUGAAGGCCAUGAAAUUCUACAUUCUCAAUGGACAAAAAGAUGCAGUCUUUACUGAGGCCUUUUAUACCAAGAUGAGAUCGAUACAAACUAAAUUUAUGGAACGAUUAUUAACAUCUUCAGGAGAUCCAAUCAAAUUGAAUUUCGUUCGAGCUGUGAACCGUCAUCUUGCUCUUUUCAUGUGUGACUUGUUGGACAUUUCUCUCAUGAGUUCCAUGCGUGAAGAUACAAGAUUUAGAAAAUUUGUCAAGACAGCUCUCAAUGACUAUGUGUUAACCACACAAUUUAAAUCAUCUCCAGUAGUAGUGGCGCUUAAAUUUGAUUUUGCUGAAGUCAUUGUGGAUUACAACAUGUUUGUUGAAGUGAACAUGUGCAGUGAAGUUCCAUUCUUGAUGAAAUUUAUAAUUGGAAUUUUCCAGAAAGCUACAAAACCUAAUCUUCGUGAAAUGACUGUGAAAAUUAUCAACAAACUCAUUACCAAAUUGGACUAUUCCACCAAAUUUCAAUCUCCUGAAGUUCGAAAUGAAAUUUCACGUCUCUUACAACCUUUAUUCUUUGAUAUUGCUCACGUGGAGAAACUUUUAAAGAAUAUGGACAUGACUUUACAAUCUCAAUUCGCAGUUUCAUUUUUACAUUGCUUACGAAAUCGAAAGAAAGAAGAUUUACAUGAAUUUUGGAAUCACAAAUCACCGGAUGUAUUGGUGAGCUUUGUUAAAUUAUUAUCCAUUGCAAUCAAUAAUCACAUUUCAUACAAUGUGAGAAUUACAAGAAGAAUGAUCAAAACUAUUGUACUCGAAGUAUUGACAUGUUUCAUUGAACAAAAAUGGGAAUUAAUGAUUAAGGAAAAUGAAAAGUAUUCCAUCGUGAUUGAAGAAGUUUUACUUUUAAUUAUGAAAUAUAUGGAACAAUUCAAUCAAACUCAACAAGACAUGAAAAAAAAGACCGAUCCCAUUCUCACCAAUACCAUUCUAGUGCCACUCUUUGUGACCAUUGUACAAAAAUUAGUUCCUGUCUUUAGUAUUGAUCCGAAUGAUGAUCGAUGGAAAUGGGCUUUGGGAACUCUUCUCUCUGUGUGUACAUUUCCUCUUUCCAAAGCAGACAAUGAAACCUAUGUGUUGGAAGCUGUGGAAUGUCUCUUGAGUUCACACGAUGAAAAAUUGGCAGAAAUUGAAAAGAAUCAUGACAAGUUAAUCAUUGAAGAAGAUUCUGAGAAGAAUAUUGUGAUUGAGAAUAAUGAAAUCAAAGCAGCCACUUUGGACAAAUUGGUCGAAAAAAUUACACACUACACCGAUAUGGAUCACAAAUUUAGAGAUAUUUUCUUCUUGACGUAUCGAUCGUUUUGUACGGGACAUGUCUUGAUGGACAAGUUGAUGGAUCGAUUUUAUUUAACCAAACAAGAAGAAGUAUGGUCUGAAAAAUCUCUCAAAAUUCUCAUUCGAGUGUUAAAUUCGAUGAAAAUUUGGGUCGAAAAACAUUUUCAUGAUUUUGAUAACUUGUUACUGAUUCGAUUGGUUCGAUUCUUGGACUCUGCUUCAUGUGCUGUGAAAGAAGUCGAACAAACGUGCAAUCUCGUACGAAAAUCUCUCUCUUCCAAACUCAUCAAAGACAACAAUAAGGCAGUGAAACAUUCGACCAAUCAGAAAGCACCUGAACCCAUUCUUCCUGAAAACUUUAGUGAACAUGUUGCUUUCAAUUUAUUGGAGUGGAGUCCCAUUGAAUUUGCACGUCAAUUAACUCUUAUUGAAUAUGAUUAUUUUCAAAAGAUUGAGCCCAAAGAAUGGCUCUCUGGUGCAUGGACCAAACACACCAAAUACGAAGAAGCUCCUCACAUUGCACAUCUCACCGAUCGAUGGAACAAGAUGACUCAGUUUGUGGCGAGUGCCAUCUUGUCGCAGUCCGACAUGAAACAACGUCGCAAAUAUCUUCUCAAAUUCAUUGAAAUUGCUCAAGCACUGAGAGAGAUGAAUAAUUAUCAUGGAUUGACAGAGAUGAUGUGUGGACUCUCAAAUGUAUCGGUUCAUCGUUUGAAAAAGACAUGGGCCAUCAUUCCACCUGAAUACAUUUCUCGAUACGAAGAAUUGAGAAAAUUAUGUUCUCAAGAACAAGCCAAUAAGAAUAUGAGACAAGCACUUCAACUCUCCACUCCACCUUGUAUUCCACCAUUGAGCAUGUAUUUGAAAGAUUUAACUUUUAUUAAUGAUGGUAAUGCUGAUAAUAUUCGAGAUGGUUUAAUUAAUGUCUUUAAGAGAAGACAAGUUUCGAAAAUUAUUUUAGAAACCAUCAAAGUGAAUCAAAAUACUCCCUUCUUAUUUGAAACAAUUGAUUAUAUGAGAAGAGUGAUCAAUCAAAUUCAAACUGCAAGUAUUGAAGAUUACAAACUUUAUACGAGUGGAACUUGUACCAUUCCAAGUAUUCAAUCCAUGCUCUCACUUGGAAGUGUUCAAUUAAUGGAUGAUGAUACUUUGUGGGAUAAAUCUUUAGAAUUGGAACCAAGAAAUCAACAGCAGUGA